UUGAACAAUGCAAUGCUUUGAGAAGCUAUAUAAACCAACAAAACACAUAGCAACCUAAACAUCUUCAUCUCAAAACACAAAACAAUAUUUUGAUAUUUAUUUGAAAUACUUUCUGUUUAUCAAAUACUUUCAAUAUGAAUUCUUCCGAAAAGAUGAGCUACAAUGCUGGAGUUGCCAAGGGCCAAGUUCAGGAAAAGACCAACAACAUGAUAGACAAGGCUAGUGAUGCUGCUCAGUCUGCUAAAGAAUCAGUGCAAGAGACUGGUCAGCAGAUUAAGGCCAAGGCAGAAGGAGCAUGUGAAGCAGUGAAGGAGAAAAUGAACAAUUGAGGACUGAUUGAUUGAUGGAACAAAGGUUGAUAUUGUUGCAUGCCUUCAUGAUUCAAUUGAUCAAGAUUCAGGAUAUGGAUAUAUAUAUUUUAACUGAAUACACUUUUGUUUCUCUCAGUUUUAGUCUAGUGCCUUUUCAUAAUA